AAAUAAAAAAAAUAGAACUAAAUAACCAAACAUUUAAACCCCUUUAUCCAAAAAACCCAAACUCCGAAGCAGUCGUCCAUCCCCUUCCCUCCCCCUCCCGCCGUUCCCUCUGGUACAGCCGUGCGCCUCCCGCCGAUCUUCCCUCUUCUCUUCACGCUAUCAACGUGGUCGCUGCGUCCCUAGUCCUGGCUGCUUAUUCGCUCUCCUCCGCCGCUCUCACUAGUCCUUGCAGCUGCGUCCACCGGUCCAGUCCUUCUACCGUCCGUUGCUGCUCCUCGCCGCUGGUCCUCGUCCUCAGUCACGUUGCUGCUCCUCGCCACUCAUUCUACUCCUCAGUCACUGCAGCAAGGGACUGGCUGUUUGCACAUAUGUUGAAGCAAGUGCUUGGCAAGGUUUUGAACAAGGGUUCUUGUGCAAGUGGAGGAGACAAGCUUAGAGCUCUCUUUUAUGUGCCCAUCACAGGCUUCCACAAUGGACAGGAUUAUGUCAUGAGAUGGGGCAGCUGUACAGAAUUAGUAUAUUUUCAACGCAAAGUGCCACGAUAAAUAAAAUAUGCCAAUUAUUGCUCGGCUGCAGGUUUAUUGUGCACCGAGAAGCUUCUUUGGGGUGGAAGAUUUCCUCGAUGACGACAAUAGCAGGCCAUAUACAUACCAGAAAGAAAAGAAGUCAAAAAACCCCAACAAGCAUAUGUCAUUUAAGCAACGGACCAAAGCAUACAUGGAACCAUUUACACUUGACAUAUUAAUCUCAAAGCGCUUUGUUACAGCAUCACUCACGCACAGAGUAACAAGUAAGCAGGUUGCAGUUGCUGGUACUAACUCUAAAGACAUUAAAGCUGCUCUCAAGUCCAGGUCAGACAUACCAGCAUGCUUGGCCAUUGGUCGCAUUUUAGCCGACAGGGCACGAGAAGCUGAUGUGUACACUGCUUCUUACACCCCAAGAGAGAGGGACAAGUUUGAAGGGAAGAUCAGAGCUGUGGUUCAGUCUCUUAUUGAUAAUGGAAUUGAUGUUAAAGCUUAUCUUGAUUGAAAGUUUGUUUCUUUAGUUCUCAAUUUGGUCUUAUCUGAAAAUUGCAUAAAUUGAGGACAAAUUGGGUUUGUAAAUUUAUUGUGUAUACAAUGUUAUAAAUUGCCACAAUUUUGAUUAUUUGUAUCCAAUAUUUCGGCAUUGAAAUGAUAUUGCAAACAUAUUCCAUUAAA